AUGUGUCCGGGACAUGAAGCGAUCGCGGUUAUCUCCCCGUGUCAGGAUGCACGUUUCAAAACAAUGGCCCAAAAAACAGCCAUCAAGAAAGGCAGACUUUCAACGAAAAGAAAUCCCAAUGGGUUGCCCGUUUGGUUGACUGAAACUGAUAAAGGACAGUCAGAAUUAAUGGACAAAAUUCAGCCAUCCACUGCAUUCAUCACUAGACUUAGGUCAAGGCGAACUGACCUUGACCAGAGACGUUGCCAACAGGUCCAGGCAACACCCCAUCCACUCCUGCCUCACUAUCUCCCUUUAUCUUUUUUAUAUUUUACUUCUUUCAAACGCUUUUUCUUUCUUUUGAUUUACAUAACAUCUUUUCUAUCGUUUCUUUUAUUUUGUCUUUCUUUUUGUUUUACUUUUUUCCGUUUUGGUACGUUUUUGCUGUUCAUUCCUUCCUUUUAUUCGUUUUUUCUUUCUUCUUUUCUUUCCUUCUUUCUUUUAACAUGUUCCUUCCUUAUUUCGCUUUUAUACUGUUUAUUCAUUAUUUUUUUUUUACUUUUCUUCCUUUUUUUUCUCUUUUUUUGCUUUCUUUCCCUCCUUCAUUUCCUUUUACAUAUCCUCCCUCUUCAUUCCUCUUUUUUGCUUUUCUUUCUUUAUCUUUCUUCUUUUUUUUUUUACAUUCCUUCUCACUUUCACUUUUAUAACAUAUUUUCAUCGCUUUCUUUUGCUUUCUUCAUCUAUCGCUGCUAUUCUUUUAUUUUCUUCUUUUUUUUUCUCUUGAAUGAUUCCUUUCUUUUUAUUCCUUCUUAUUUCUUUAUCUACUUCUUUGUCCCCAUUUUAGUUUUUUGUUCUUUAUUUCCUGUUUACAUCAUGGAGUUUAUUUCCCUUUAUUUUCUAGUCCGGAUUUAUUGCCAAUCAUUUUCUGUCUUUCUUUCUUUCUUUCUUUCUUUCUUUCUUUCUUUCUUUCUUUCUUUCUUUCUUUCUGUCAUUCUGUUUUUCUUUCUUUCUUUCUUUCUUUCUUUCUGUCAUUCUGUUUUUCUUUCUUUCUUUCUUUCUUUCUUUCUGUCAUUCUGUUUUUCUUUCUUUCUUUCUUUCUUUCUUUCUGUCAUUCUGUUUUUCUUUCUUUCUUUCUUUCUGUCAUUCUGUUUUUCUUUCUUUCUUUCUUUCUGUCAUUCUGUUUUUCUUUCUUUCUUUCUUUCUUUCUUUCUGUCAUUCUGUUUUUCUUUCUUUCUUUCUUUCUUUCUUUCUUUCUGUCAUUCUGUUUUUCUUUCUUUCUUUCUUUCUUUCUUUCUGUCAUUCUGUUUUUCUUUCUUUCUUUCUUUCUUUCUUUCUGUCAUUCUGUUUUUCUUUCUUUCUUUCUUUCUUUCUUUCUGUCAUUCUGUUUUUCUUUCUUUCUUUCUUUCUUUCUUUCUUUCUGCUAAUUACUAUUUCUUUAUUUGUUUUUCUUUCUUAAUAUUCUAUUCAUAUAUUCAUUGCUUAUUUUAUAAUGCUUUACUUCUUUCAUUUUUCAUUUUCAUUUAUUCAUUCCUUUUAUUCUUAAUUUUUUCUUUCCGUCUUUGUUUUAUUCUUUUUUUUUUAAUUAUUCUUUUUCUUGAUACUCUUAUUUUUCUUUCUUUUCUUCAUUCUGUUAUUCGUCUUUCUUUCAUCCAUUCAUUGAUUCUACUCAAACUUUCUCACUUCAUCUCGCCAUCUGCCUCUUCUCUCUUAUAUCUAUGGAUUUGUUUUUGUUCAGUCAUAUUUUUUCCCCGAAUUUUCAUUUUCUUCUUUAUUUUCUUCGAAAUUUUUUAA